UUGGUUACGGUAUCUGCACAUAAUUAACACCACGGUAAAUUUUGAUUUAGGAUUUUGCAGAUGUUUAGAUUUUGUAGUUCUAUCCUGAGAUCUAAGAGCGUUUGUGAUGAAAUGACUGCUCCAAAUAUUAAAGGCCACAGGCAUAUUUUAUCCUAACGUUUAAUGAAUAUGGCUGCCUCAAGUAGUGAGAUUGAAGACUUUCUGAGUGGACCAUUAGUUUCAUGGUUGAAAUCAUGCCUAGCCAACCCUGAUAGUAUUGGGAACUAUGCUUCCCUUUUCAAUGGAGAUAUUCUGCAUCAAAUUUACUUACAAAUAGAUCCAGAACCCUCUUUUCACAUCACAAAGCUAGCAGGAUUAGAAGAUCAAGCUUUAAUACUAGGAAAAGUUAAAAACUUUGAUGCAAUAGUAAAGAAUGUGAAGAAUUUGUAUGAUGAUGAGUUAGGUAUGACUUUAUUGGUCGUGCCAGAAUGUAUUUGCUUGGGAAAAUCGCCAGAGUCUAGAGAUGGCUUAGAAAAUAUGAAACUUUUGAUUUUAUUGCUAUUGGGUGCUGCUGUUCAAUGUCCCAACAAAGAAAUUUUCAUAACAAGGAUUAAAGAGUUAGAUGUAGAUCUACAACAUAAUAUUGUGGAAUGCAUUAAGCAGGUUACAGAUAUGCAAACAGUAGUAUUGACUCCAGAUGCUAUUGAUCUGUUUCAAUCUCCAACAAUGUUCAAUCAUAUGAGACGUCUGGCAAAAGAAAGAGAUCAUUACUUGCAAAACUGGGCAUCUUUAGUUCUUAAUGAGGGAUUAUGUGAUAAUGAAACUGAUAAUAAAAACGGCAAAAACAAAUCUUCACAAAAUGUUAACCAAUCAAAUGGAGAGUGUCAACAUUUGGCUGUUGAACUAGCUGAUUGGAAGGCAAGAUUAAGGAAGCAAAGAGCAGAAUUAGAAGAAAAAUCUGAACACCUAUCAGAAUGUAGAGAAGAACUUGAACAUACAAAACUGGUGCUUGGAAAAUUACGAGCAGACAGUCAAGAAUGGUUUAAUGAAGCUAGAAAAGCUGCAGGUUACAGAGAUGAAGUUGAUGCCCUAAGAGAAAAGGCAGAAAGGUGUGAUCGACUAGAGCAAGAAAUUCAAAGAUACAGGGAUAGGUUAGCUGAUGCAGAAUAUUAUAAAACUCGAGUUGCUGAAUUAAGAGAAGAUAAUAAAGCAUUAAUGGAAACAAGGGAUGCCUUAGAAGAACAACUACAAAGAGCCCGUAAGAGAGCAGAACAAUGUUUAUCUUUGGAAGCAGCAAUGAUCAAACUUAAAAGAGAAGCAAAUGAUAUUGCCUUGGAGAGAGAUGCAGAUCAACAAAAAAUACAAGAAUUAAUUGAAGAAAACAACCACUUACAAUAUAUAACAAGAUCUGUACUAAAUGAAACUAACAACAGUGUCUUAGAUACUGAUAAUGAUGGUGAGACAUUCCAGACAGAAUCUGGAGAAAAUAGUUUAUCUGAACAAUUUUCAAGUAAUGCUCAAGCUAGAGCUUUAAAACUGGAAUUAGAAAAUAAGCGUCUCCUUUCUACAAUAGACAACUUAAGAGAACAGUCAUUAUUAGAAAGCAGUGAUAAAAUAUUAGAUCUAGAAAAAGAAAAAAAAAGGCUAGCUUUAAAAUGUGAGCAGUUGCAAGAAAAUUGUAACAGGCUAAAACAGCAAAAUGCUGAGUUAGAAGAUGUUUUUAAAAAUGCUCUAGAAGAAAACAGAAAGCUGCAAGAUUCAUUGGAUAAACAAAAAGCAUUUAUUGAUCGGCAAGCAAUUGAUAGAGAAUCAGAAAAAAAUAAACUACAAGAAUUUGAAAAACAUUUAGAAUCACUUACUAAAGAUAAACAAAGAAUACAAAUGUUAUGUGACUCUAUUCAAAGAAGAGCUGAUGAGUUAGAAAAAACUGUAGAUGCUAGAACUAAAGAACUUAAUAUUGUUAAACCAGAAGCAGAUAAAGUAACAAGAUUUAUCAUACAGACUGAAGAACUAAAAACCAAGCUGACUUAUAGUGAAAAAGAAACCCAUAACUUACAAAGGGAAGUAAUUAAAUUACGCGAAGCAGUAGAAGAAAAAGAUGUUAAGCUAGAUACUACCACAACUGAUAUUGAACUAAAAAAUAGGGAAAUUGAAAGACUGAUUCGCCAAUUAGAAAAUUAUCACACAAUUAGCUGUAGACUUCAAGACUUGGAACAAAAGACACAAGAAUUAAAGUCACAAAAGAAAGUUGACACAGAAACAAUACAGACACUACAGAAAGACCUUAUAUCAGAAAAAGUUAAUUUUGAUAAAAUAAGAAACUAUUUCGAGAAGCUGGGUGUAAAUGCGUCUGACAUAAUAUCUCAAGAUUUAAGUUUGGAAGAUUUACUAGAAAAAAUUAUUUUCAAUACUGAAAAUGAAUUAUUAAUAUCAGAAAUAGCAGCAAAAGCAAGCCUAACUAAAAUAGUUCCUUGUGAAUGUAACCAUAAAAUGAAAGAUGACGAAACUAUUAUCAAUCCACAACUUGAGCAGCUCACAUCAGAUAUAUUAGCUUUGCAAGCAGCUUUAGAAAAUAGUAAGGCUGAAAAUGCCAAACUUCAAGUAAAUAUAUCUACAUUAAGUUCUCAAAAUGGUUCCUUAACAUCACAACAAAUGACAUUACAACUUGCAAACAGUCAACUAGCUGCAGAAAAGGAUGAGAUUUCUAAACAACUAGAAGUUCUUAAAGAUAAACAAGAUAAUCUUUUACGAGACCAAGUCGCUCUUCAAACUAUCCAUGAACAAUUAAAUAUGGAAUAUGAAAUUCUGCUAAGUGAAAAAGAACCUGUAAAAGUUGCUAUUAAAGAUUUAAAAAUAGAAAAUAGAGAUCUUAAAGAAAAACUUGCUAUCUAUGAGAAAAAACUUACAGACUUUGAAUUAGAAAAGGAAAACUUUAAAGUAGAAUCAAGAAACCUUUUAAAUCUAAGAGCGGAACAUUCUAAACUGAAAGAAGAUUUUAGAAAUCUCUUUACUGCUAGUGACAGAUUAAAAAAUGAAUACCGACAUAUGCAGGAAGAAUAUCGAAACCUACGUAGUGAGGUAUCACAAUUAAAGCUUAAACAUACUGAAAUGUCAGGUGAAUUAAACACAAAAUCAGAGGUAAUAACAAGUAUGGAAUUAGAAAUAAGCAAAACAAAUCAGCAUUGUGAAAUGCUCAUUCAAAUGAACAAAAGCUUAGAUGCCGACAGACGCUCCCUUAUGGAUCAUGUGUCACAGCUUCUAACUCAGUAUCAUGAGCUAUUGGCACAUUCUUUAAAAGAUAAACAACAUUAUCAUGAAGAAGAAAAAAUGUUUGCCGACAAAGUUAAUGCUUUAUGUCGACAAAAAGAAAAAUUAGAGGAAAAAAUUAUGGAACAUUACAAAAAGCUUGAUAAUUGUACCCCAAAACGGCGUGGCUUUGGAGCAUCUUUUGUGAAAAAAGUUCGAAAGGCAGGAACAGAUUUAAUUAACAAGGUACCAUCAAGAAACAACAAAAGAAUAGAAGACGCUAAUCGAUCCAAAUCACAACUGACAUUAGCGGGAUCAGAAUCAGGUGAAUCAGAUCCAGGGCAAGACUUAGAGAAAAUAUCCAAAACUUCUGAUCCUGAUCAAGCUUCCUCUUCUCAGAGUGUGGAAUCUCCUAGGCAUAGCAUUGAAUCCAGUUUUAAUAGAAGAUUAGAAGAAACUUUUUCUAGAAAGUCAGAAAGUGUUGAUAUGUCCGCGUCAUUCCACAGCUUAGAGCCAACAAGAUUGGGAAACGAAAGUAAUUUUGUUAGAAGGCUUUCUGCUGCGUCAAUACAAAGUGGCGGUGGAGAUGAUGCUUUAAUAAGAGCAUCGUUACGACGGAGACCACACAAAAUUCCAUCGUCACAUCGAAACAGCUUCCAAGGUUUAGAGGGCGAUGCAGGAUUGCCAGCAGUGUCAACCCCUUCACCAGUUUUUGGCGCCGCAGGUACUCGACGAACAGUAUAUUUAGCUGACGAUAAUCCAGAUGUCACUCUUAACUCAAAGCCUCAAAGCACACCCAUAAAAGAAAAUCCAACAUACUUGGUGUAUAAUAGAAUAUCUACUGUAAUAGGUGAUGGAGCAUGUCAAAGCAAUCAUGAAAAGACUGGUGACCAUCAAUCAUCAAAUGACCAAUCUCAGGCAGACGAUGUUAACAAUGAUUUAAAAUAUCAGGACAGGCGGAAUAUAAGUAGAAAUGACAAACAAGAAAAUUCAAAGGAAACUGCUAUAUGGUAUGAGUACGGUUGUGUAUAAUUUUCAAAAUGUGGUGCGAGACUGAAAUAUUGCCUCCCUUGCAUUUGAAUGCGGAUUCCGAAAUUACUUUCUUGAGAUUAUUUCUGAAUUAUAGAACAUUACAGUAUUAAAUGAGCAUUUAUUUAUUUUUUCAUACAAAAUUAUGUUUGGUAAGAUUAUUUUGAGGCUCAUUAUGGUAUGAAUUAUUUCCAUGUACAUUAAUUAUACAAGUGAACCAUGAUUGUUAGUUAACUUUAAUAAUACAAUCACCCUUGCCCAGUAUCUGUGAAAAUAUAAUAGAAUUAAAUUUAUAAACAUAAUAGUGUAGUAAGCAUUGAUAUUAUAUUUUUAUAUUAUAAAAUACAUGACAAUGAUAUUUGUAAAAUCACGCUUAAUCUAGAGUUAUAAAAGUCUGGCAUAAUAUUUAAGUUUAACAUCAAAUUUUGUUUAAUGUUUUGAAGUCAAGAUUAAUGUUGCAUAUUGAAAUAAUGUUUGACUUGUAGUUUUAACUUGUGAUACAAAUAUUGUUUUAGUUUUAAUUUAUGUAUAGUUAUCUUUUCUCAAUGACUAAUUACUACAGAUUAUGUUUUGUUUACUAGUUUAUGAAGUAGUAUGUUAUGCAACACAAUUACAACUCAAUGUAUUUCUAAUAGGUUAAUUUUUAUUUUCUACACCUGCCUAUUAUAAUACAAAGAUUGAUUAGUAGCUAACACUACCUAUCAUUCAUUCUAUUUGGUUUAUCACAAACUUUCAAGUAACUAAGAUUUGAAACUUUAUUAUUUAUUACUUCUAUGCAUGUUAUAUUUUAACUAUUAAAACAACUAGAAGAAUAACAUAAAAAGCAUUUACUUUUGAAUUAUACUGAAUUAAACAAUAUAGCAAAGUACAAAGUGUAUGAUAAUAUAAACAUAACUAAUGUGAUUUUUUUUAAAGUUGUAACAUUUUAUUCAAUAAGUUCUAUUUAAGUUUCUGUAUUAGUUAAUUGUACAAACACUUUUAAAGAGAAAGCAUUUUUUUUUUAGUUGCUCUCUUUUGUUUUUCAAUAUCAGCAUAUUAUAUAUAGUAUUAAGCAUAUAUUAUUUAUUAGGUUAGCAAACCUCCAGCUUGACAGUCACUUAUUUUUAUGGCAUAACAAAAACUUACUUUAAAAUAUUGUAAAAAUGUACUCUAGUAGACAAAAUUGAUGACAUAAUCAACUUCUUAUUUUUUUUAAAGUAGUUAGUACUACUGUUACGUUAUUGUAGAAUUCAAUUGGUAAUUUAAGUCACAACAAUGACAAUUACAUCAGUAAUAAGGUAAAAUUUCAUUAUUUAAUUGUGCCUUAUUGAUUUUGAUAAAAUAUUUUCU